CGUAUGCUUCACCUACACAGCUGAGCGGGGAAUCAUUCUAGACGUCGCGUUUCGCGCUGUGUACGCCAAACGGCUCCACACCGUCGAAUCAAUCGGGAGGAGACUUUACAUGACACACUUGCGGUGUAACUCGACUCUCUCUGUAUCAACCGCUUACUUGUACACUCGCCUACACCCGGAAGCUGUCAUUGACAAGGGUCCGAAAACCGCCUUUUGUCUUUACGCUUUUUUCUCUUCUCUCGUCGUCGUCGAAUUCGAAUGGAGUCGACCGGCAAACUGAGCGAGUUGCUCGAGCAGGGCAACACGUUGUUCAAUAAGUUUUACUACCAGGAAGCGUUGCUGCUCUAUAGUGAAGCACGCGAGCUAAGCAACCGGAUACCGUCGAGCACAGCAGAGAGAGCCGACAUCGAGCACAACGUCGGUUAUAGUUACCUACAGCUCGGAAGGUACGAACGGGCGGAGGAAGCUCUACGAGAGGCGCUCGAGUUUGGAAGGAAGCGCGUCGAUAGCGGCGCUGAAAUAGCGAUAACAUUGACGGCUCUCGGUCAGUGUCUCCGCUUACAGGGCAAGCAUGCAGCUUGUGAGGCUGUACUACAGGAAGCUCUCGAUAUCGAAAAGAAACUUCCACGAGAUCAGCCAACCACAGCGUGGACUCUUAUGCAGAUGGGCAGAUGUCUGGUUGAUCAGCAGAGAAACCUUGAAGCUAAGACUUUCCUUCAACGCGCUUUCAAGAUAAACAAGGCAGCAUUAGGCUUAACACAUCGUCACACAGCCGACACUCUGUACAUGUUGGGUGUGUGUAUGGGUGAGCUGGGGCUUUGGGAGAGCGGAUAUAGAGAGUUGAGUGAAGCUCUAACUGCGAGAAAGAUUGCCUACGGAGACGGUCACAUCAAUGUUGCAUGGGUUCUCUUCUGGCGUGGAGCUUUUCUCAAUCGCUUGUCUAACGUCGACGAAGCCGAGUGUGAACUCAGGAAGGCUGAGGAUAUCGCUCGUCACUACAAACUGUCGCCUUCUCAUCCACUCUGUACAAAAAUCGAGCACGAGCUGCAGAAGGCUGCAGAACUCAGAAGUCUGAAGAGGCAGACAGAAAAGCAACACGCAAGAAUUAGUGAAGAUCACAAAGCGAAGAGUGCGACUCCUGUAGCAGUAUCCACGUUUACACCACGUGCCUUCAGUCUGAUACGACGAAAAGAAAGUCCUAGAAAGACGAACGGAACGAAUGAGCAAAAGACCGAGAUAACGACAUUUCAGUCUUCAGAUCUGCCUGUCAAGUUCAAGCAGUCGCCAUCCAGUUCAAGCGGUGGUAGUGCUGCAUCUUUGGAUACCGGCUACGUGUCGUUGUCUCGCUCACAGUCUUCUCUCUUUGGUUCGUGUAUGAGCAUGUUGGGCAGCACGUGGAGUCUGCAAUCGAGUGGAAGGAAUUGCCCGCGGUCGAGACAUUCGGUGGCUUUGGACACGGAGCUCAUCUCGCGUAUUGGUGUGACACGUGAAGAGUCUGCUGCUGCAAGUGUAGUCUACACGGGACAUCGCACAAGGAAUCAGUCGGAUCCAAACAUUCUCAAGUCACGACGUCUCUCCUUCCCUAACGCAUCACUAGAACCACCAUACAAUCCACUGUUAUCUCUAACCCAACCAGACGGCGUAUACUGGAGCGGCGGCACCCUAGAAACCAUGAUGAUCGAGAAAAAACCAAAAUCAGUACUCACAUCCCACAGUUCAGUGAUUGGACCAGCAGGUGGUAAAUGCGGAUCAGACAGUGUGUUUCUACGCGUUUCCCAUGGUGCUGUCGCCAUGCCAACCAAAGUAUCAAUCCAAACUUACUACGACCUUUCACUCUAUCCCCCACCUCAACAGAACGACAACCACAUCUCUCUCAGUGCACUCGCACACGUCUCUCUGUCUUCAUCACGAUUCAAGCAACCGAUUGAGUUGCACCUCCCACCCGCGGUACCAUUGCUACCAUCGGUCACCAGCUCCGGUUGGUGCUUGCAGCUCAAGAUGUGUGACGCAUCGUCACAGAGCAAACCGACCGACUGGUACACGGCACUCGAAUUCAAUACGAACACUCAAAGCAUAUCGACGCAUUCACAGUCGAUCGCAUUCGAUCCUAAACGGUCGGUCGUUCGACUCGAUCGAGUCUGCUGGGUCUGUUGGGUCGGUCGUCUGCUCGGCACGCCUUCUCUUGGUCUACGGAAAGUAUCGUACGCUCUCUUUGCUAAACGCUUGGAGAAACACCGUUGGACUGUCUCGGUUCAUCUCAUCCACGGAUCGAAUGUUGCAUAUGAUGAGAUUGCUAGUGCAUUGAAGGAGCGACAGUAUGUAGCACUGCAACCUCCGAUUGCGGCCACAGUUGGUGUACAAGGCUAUAUAUGUCUCAAGCUGCAGUGCGUGCAGCCAUGGUCGGUGACCAAGUCUGCAGAGGCUCAUAUACCGAUGAAAUCCGUCUGGGACGUUCCUGUGAAUGGAUCGUUGUAUUAUACGACGACGGUUGAAGAUUGUACGUUCAGUUCUCGUCAUCUUGAGUGUACGAUGUUGUCUUCGUUUAAAGGCGAUUGGUUGGAUGCGGGAGAGCCGGUUAAGUGUGUGGUGUUUCAUCCGGUGGAUGCUGGGAUGCCACAAUCGUCUGCGUAUUCGAAUUCUAAUGUGACGAACUUUACGUUUAGUCAUGUUACUGGAUUGGCGUUUGGUGCGACUGCUCAGUUGGUGCAGCAGACUGCACACGAACACUCAGUUGGACAGUUACUACCUGACGUCACACUGACAAGAAACUGUGAAAUCAUUCCCGAGCACAUCGCCAUCGACGUUCCCGUACGAUUAGCAAUACAACUGCCACCAUCCGACAAGCAGGCCGUGCCAUCGGGAGAUUCUAUUGUUCAGUUUAUUGGCGAUCAAGGCGAAAUGGACGUUGUAGAGAGAACGAGUCUGAGACUCAACGACAGAGAACUCGACGUAUUGUGUCCAGCUUGGCCAUUCAGCGGUCGCUUAUUGGUGAGAGUCACGACAGCAACGUGUGGAGAGGAACUCGGAAUCGGGUUUGUGACGGUUGGUGAUUUUUCUCUGUAGGACACAGUACAGUUAUCUCUGUAUUUAAUUCCAAAAUGUUUUAGUAUCGUUUUUGACUAUAUCGUUGUAUGCCAUUUUAAUAGUAGAAUGAAUUCUUGCAUCUAUUGCUCAUAUUAUG